AUGUUUCUGUUAUUCCAUAUUUCGAUGCUGAUGUGUUUUCUCGCAUCUUUUGCCAGUGCACAAAUUAUUGCCCUUCUUGCCCCAAAGAUCGAGAUAACGGCAGGAGACAAUGGAUAUUACAACGUUUCGGGAGCGCCCAGCGCAACCAAUGAAACAGGGUUUUUUCAGCUGAUCAGCGACUAUGAUAAUUUGUUUCGCUCCAAUGCUGCAGCGCAACAGGCUUGCAUCGUAUUUGGUUCUCUUGCGGCAGUGACAGGGUGCAUAGUGAUAACGCGGCUCCUUCCUGCCAUUGCAGGGAUAGAAACGAAGGCCCUGCAAAUGGCAUUCCGUAAAGUCAAGUUGUACAUACUCGCUUGCAGCUUAGGAAUGCUGGCAAUAGUCCUCAUCUUCGUCUCAUUUGGCAACGUGUCAUUCGGUGCAUCCGCCGACAGUUUCGCUGGCUACUAUGAAAGCUUAACAACGUCGGCGGCUUUCUUGUUGGGUGGAAUUCUUGGGAACUAUGAUGUUUAUGCAAUGGCCUCUUGCAAUCCUGUCCUUGCAGGAAUCUUCUUUGUGCCUCUUUUCCUUCUCUUCUCUGUGUUCGGGUUCACUUUCCUGACUGCAGUGGUGUUGAGAAAGUACGACUUUUGUGCCCAGUCCAUAGAACACAGCCUUAUCAAGUACAAUCUGGACGAAAAGGGCCUGUUUCGAACGCGGUACGAGUGGCUAAGGUAUGCACUCACAAAAAUGUGGACAGGAUUUUGGAAGGCACUGUGUGGAUGCCGGACGAAAGAAAGGCUCGAGAUGCUUGCUGCAGAAGAAUUUGAAGAUGAUAUGAGGGAAGCAAAGGAGCUCAAAGCACUGGAAAACAAAAAAAAAGGCCUGCACAGGCGUAAGAAAAUUGGAAGCAACUAUUACAUGCGUGACAGCAAGGAGGAUUCCCACUCGUUUUCCGAUGAAGACGACGAUACCCCUCCUCAAUAUCCCCCAUGGGUUUGGCAAGCAAUUGGCAUGGAAGAUCCGCUUUGCCUAUAUGCAGCACAGCCUGAAGUUGGAAGAGGGUUCUACGUUGACCCAGCAAGCAUGCAAUUUGACGCGACAGACUUCGCAAGCAAUGAGGAAAACUAUUUCACUCCUAAUCUUGCGGCAAAUACAAUACCGAAGGCUCCAGCUCCCACUGUUGCCAAGGUCUACCUUUUGGUGAGACACCAAAUGCAGAAAGACCAUCAAGACGCCUGGAAAAAGCUAUUUGUACUCGCCUUUGUUGCAAUCCUAAUUGGAACGGUUAGCUUGCAACUCUCGGUGGAUGCCGCAGCAGAAAUGAGAGAAAUGGCAGACCGAGCUGCCUCUAGUACGACAUUCCCACUAACCCCUCUCAUGUUUACGUGCGCGGAUCCCUCCCUAGGUGCGGCAUAUAGAGCAGUGUAUAACUAUCACAACAGCCCAGUGAUGCUUGUCAGUGACUUUUGCUACCUUCCAGGGCACUAA